AUGGAAGCAACCCUCUCCCGCCCAGCAGCUCGCUGCUGCUGUCUCCUCAAGACCACCACCCCUUCCACAUCACGACUCCCCCCCCUCCUAAGUAACCAGCAACAAACCCGCCAAAAGUCCACCCGCGCCCGCCACAAAGCCUCCCUCAACAUCCCCCCCCACCCCUCCUUCCUCUCCAACCCACCAGCAUCAUCCCAGACAGGAUCAACAACCCUAAUCUUCAACCCCCCCUCCUCCGCCCCCUCCGUCUUCCAGACCCCCUUCAAGUUCCUCCCCAAAUCCGAUCCCCGCCGCCGCGCCACCCUCGCCAAGAACCUCUUCUCCUCCUCCGUCACCACAAACUUUGCCUCCCAGCCGGUAGACGUCUCCUCCCUCCCCACCAUUUUCGACGACCGGUCCCCCGCCACGACCCCCAAGAACCACUCCCUCACAAAAGAGGACGUCGAGGAGAUGCGCCGGCUGCGUCUGGCCGACCCGAUAAAGAACUCAGUCUUGAACCUGGCGAGGCAGUUUGGCUGCAGCGUCAUGUUCGUCAUGAUGUGCGUCCAGGCCGGCAAGGAGCACAGAGACAAGGUUCACGUCGAGCCUCACGCGGCGGCGAGGGAGAGGUGGGGUCCCAAGAAGAGGCAGGCCAAGGAGGAGAGGAAGAGGAGGAUGGAGAUGUUGAUGAGGGGAGAGAUUUGA